CACCUCCCCGUACCCACAAUGCACCGCGGUGACGCACGGUGACGCACGGUGACGUCAUACGUAAGCCGCCAUGCUGUCCCGGCUGCUGCGGGAGCACCAGGCCCGGCAGAGCGAGCGGCGCGAGCUGCAGGAACGGCGCCGGCGGGAAGCGAUCGCCGCCGCCACGAGGUUGACGGAGGCGUUGGUGGAUCAUCUGAACGUGGGCGUGGCCCAGGCCUAUAUUGGUGACGUGGAGAACUGGGCUCGCAGCAUCGAGCUGGACAUGAGGACCAUUGCCACAGGCUGGAGUAACAUCUACCCCAAGGGGCAGCUGCAACCUGCCUGCUCCUGAGCCCCCCACCCCCCCCCCACAUC